AAUGUGUCAUUUCUGAGGCCUUCUACAAAUGAAGCAUGAUGAGUAGUGUGAGAGUAGAUGUCCAGUGGUCACCUGUUGCUGAAGACCAAUUUCUGACUUGGGGCUCAGAUUUACAGCUGUAUCAAGUUCAAGAAGUCUCUCCAACUGAGAUUGUUCAGCUUCCUCGGUUACGUUUAGGACCUAAAACAGCAGCUUCACUUUUAUCCACUAAUAAUGACCUGCAGUACAUAAAAUGUGUUGCCUGGUGUCCUGGACUGGAAACAGAUCAGAGCAAUCAGCUUAUUGCUGUUGGACAGGCAAAUGGAAAAGUUGCUCUUACAAGUUUCAGUAAAGUGCCAGACCCCAGAGGCAUCAAGGGGAGAGAGUUCAUACCAAAACAUUCUCGGGCAGUGAAUUCUUUGGCAUGGAGCACACAGGAACCGAAACUCUUGUCUGCUGGCCUGGACAAAGUGCGAACAGACCACUCUGUAGUAGUAUGGGAUGUGACUCGGACAAGUCAGCCCCCAUCUUAUACCUUUGAUCAACGUAACUCAAGUGCAGGAGAAAACAUCAAACCCCUGAUUGAGUUUGGUUUAGCAGAGGCAAGUCACAGUGUUGCAUUUUCUCUCCAUGCAAGCGGCACACUUUUGACUGGAAUGAAUAAUAAGCACAUCAAAAUUUUUGAUCUGAGAGAGGGGAAAUUAAUAACCACAGUUAGCACCAAAGCUGUUUAUGGCAUAUGUACAGACCCACACAAUGAGCAUCGUUUUGCAUCGUAUGUUGAAAAUCAGGUUCACAUUUGGGACAUUCGGAAUAUUGAGCGGCCAAUUCUUUACCUCGAUGCUUCAAAACCUAUAUCCAAAUUAGCCUGGUGUCCUUCAAGGGUUGGGCUGUUGGCAUCCUUGAGCCGAGACAGUGCUGCUGUCCGAAUAUAUGACAUCCUUCAUUACAAUAUGGGCGGAGAGGACCAAGAGCCAGCUGUCCUCACAAGGUCAAUCAACACAGAUACCAACACAUCACUUUCAGCCUUUUGUUGGCACCCAACGCAUGAAAAUAGGAUUCUCACUGCAUCUUACACAGGGAAACUAGUGGACUAUUAUGUCCAAGAAAGGAUAACCCUCAAUUGGUCUUCCUCCACAUCAAGUUCGUUAAUUUGGACACAUGGAAAGAAGACCCUGUACUACCUAGAUUCUCAACAUCCUGUUUACUCUAAUUUCGAUGAUAUUUCCAUAGCCAUUAUGUCAAGAGCACAGAAGAAGUAUGGUCUUUAUGAAGACAAUUUGGCUACCAAUGGAGAAGUUACUGGUGACAUGUCCCUUCGUGAUCUGUGGAGCUGGUUAGACGCAGCAAGAAGCCUGGUGACUGCUGGUAAUUUUAAACUACCAGGAGGAGUGCCUUAUAGAUAUCAGGGGGUUUUGAGUCUACUGACCAUGGGUGAACUGAUGUCUGAUGUGGUGAACAAGCCAUGGGUCGGAUUAGAUUUACAGAAGCCACCUACGUGUAAAGUGUUCAGGUGUGAAGAGCGCAGCAGAGCUUUAGAAUUGUGCUCUUGGGGUUUUGAGAAUGAAGCUGUUCUGACUAGUUUCCUAGCUCAGUUAGAGAAUGCAGGGAACUAUACACGUGCAGCUGCUGUGGCAGUUUUUAACCAGCGUAUAAAGCAAGCAAUACAGAUCUUACAGAAGGGUGCAGCAGUUAAAGAGCCAACACUGAAUUCAACUGCCAUGGCUCUGUCUGGAUUCACAGAAGAUCGCAAAGCAUUGUGGAGGGAAACAUGUAUGAUGCUGCGUUCCCAGCUGACUGACCCAUAUCUCCGUGCCAUGUUUGCCUUCCUGACAGAUGAUGCAGAUUCCUUUGACCCAGUUCUUGGAGAGACAGAUAUGGCCAUCCAAGACAGAGUAGCAUUUGCGUGUAAUUACUUAAGUGAUGCCAGGCUAAUGGAGUACUUAGAAAGGCUAAAAAUGAGACUUACAGAGGCUGGAAACCUUGAUGGUAUUUUGCUCACAGGUCUGUGUCCUGAGGGAAUCGAUUUGCUUCAGCGAUACGUAGAUCUUACUGGUGACGUGCAAACUGUUGCAUUAGUUACAAUACAUACACUUCAGCAUGCUGUCAAUAAAGAUUCUCGAUUGAGCCACUGGGUACAGAGCUACCGAAAUCUUCUAGAUAGCUUACGACUGUGGAAUGAGAGAGCCCAGUUAGAUGUUAUAAUGAAUCAUAACAAAUAUGCAGAGCGGCCACCACAGCACAUUUACAUCUCGUGUUAUUUCUGCAACAAAAGCAUUUCGGCCUAUAUUCAGGCUCCUGGUAGACCUAGAAAUCCUUAUGCAAGAUAUGGGACAGGCUCAGCUACAAAGUCUAAGAUGCAGGCUUGUCCAAACUGCAAGAAGCCCCUCCCACGCUGUUCCCUGUGUCUGGUACACAUGGGAACUCCCUCUGGCUGGGGAAGCUCUACUUCCAAAAACCUGGCAGUAGAAGAAGGUGCUGACGGCCAGUCCAAUGUUCCAAAUAAUGAUGGUGCUACUUCCAAGAGGAAACUUAGUAACUUCACUUCAUGGUUCACUUGGUGCCAGACUUGUAGACACGGUGGACAUGCACAUCACCUCAUGGAGUGGUUCAAGGAACAUACAGAGUGCCCUGUAACAUCGUGUACUUGUAAGUGUAUGUCACUGGAUACUGUUAGUAAAGUGCCAUCCUCAUCAGCUGCAGUGACUGUGAAGUGAUAUUCUGUGGCACAACUCACAAGCAUUAAAACUGGUACUUUUUAGUUUAUCUUUAGUGUAAUAGCAUUAUAUAAUGAGAUAAACAUAUAUAUUUAUAUUUUUGGUGAUAAAGAACUAUGAGUUGAUGAUAUUCAAUAUUUGACAUAUAUUGAUAAGUUUUGAAAAAGGAGCCAGUGGUUAAAAAUAAGAUGAGGUUGUGAGUAUACUGGAACAAUGCCAAGGCAUUGCCAAUAACCAUUUGUUUGACACAUUUCCUAAUUAUAUUCAAAGCUCAAUGUAGAUAAAGAGUUUUCCUCUUGGGUUCCAGGAACUUUUCCUUAGUACCUAAGUUUCUUUUUCUUUUGUCACCCAAGUUCAUAUGUGUAGAUGUUCACCAUCACAAUUAUCAUUGUUUUACAUAAACCUAUAAUAUAGUUCACACACUUUGCCUCAAUGCUCAGAUUUUAUAUGUUUUCAGAGAAAAUAGCUGUACUUCCAAUGCCUCCCAUAUGUUUCUAGAAAUAUUUAAAGUGAAGCUUACCUGUAAAUAUUGUGAAUGUAGUUUUCAUGAGUAAACAAUGUGAUAUCAAGUAAAGAAAUGUUAAUUGUAAAACAAGAAAUUAUUUGGAAUUAAUUAAAAUAUUGUACAUGUACCUUUUGAGAAGCUUUACCAGACAAUCUUCCUAUACUUAUAAAUUUGGCUCAUUUGGGUAACUUUAUGUAAAUGAAUUACUUCUGGAUGUAUAUGUAAAAUUAAAUAAGAAUUAAUAACUUCUCUUUAA